CAUACAUAAAAAAUUUUUAAAAAAUACAAUAUAAAUAACUUGUAUGGACUUGUAUGUGUAAAUGACUUGUAUGUAGAGAAUAAUCCUUAAUGUAAAAGUUAUUAUUAUUAUUAUUUUUGUUUUAUUAUAUAACACAGGAAAUGAAAAUGCAUCAAAACAAAUUCCAAAGGUAGCGCAGAGAAAUGCUGGGUAGAUGCGAAUAUGGCAUUUCGGAACAGUACUGCGAAGUUAUCGGAACUUCCUCUGAGUCUCAGGACCUCAUUCUUGUGCACAACUGCUUCGCAUUCUUAUCAACUGAGCACUCUGAGGCCUUUCUCUAUCACCGCCAAAAUUGCCCAACCCAAACGACUCUCCAAAGCUCUUCCUUGCCAUUUUGCUUUAGGUAGAAACCGAAAUCUCCAAGGUCUCGCAGUUGCUAUUCUGAAGCUCUGGGAGAAAAGCUUAGUUGUGAAGAUUGCUGUUAAGCGUGGUAUCCUGAAUACAAACAAUGAACUAAUGGCUGAGGAGCUCAAGAAAUUAAUGGGAGGUACCUUGUUGAUAAGAAAUAAAUAUUUCAUUGUAAUGUAUAGCGGGAAGGACUUUGUCCCGACUAGUGUCGCUACUGUUUUAGUUGAAAGACAAGAAAUGACAAAACAAGUAGUAGAUGAUAAGGAGAAGGCACGGUGCAGAGCCAUUGAUGUAACUCAAUCGGGGGCAGAUGAAGCAACGACACAAGUAGGAUCGUUGGCUGAGUUCUAUGAGGCUCAGACAUGCUGGGGAAGGGAUAUAUCUGCCAAAGAAUGCGAGAAGACGAUCAAAGAGUCUGCAAAAGCCAAGAACAUUAGGCUUUUCAGAAAAGUUGAACGCCCAGACCAAAAGGCUUAGAGCAGAAAAUCUUUUAGCCAAAAUAGAAGUUUCCUUGGUUCCAGCUGAUCCUGAUUGUGAUCAGGAAACAAUAUCAGAAGAAGAACGUGCUAUGUUCCGCAGGGUUGGUCGAAUUAUGAAGCCAUACUUGCCACUUGGUAUAGGUGGAGUUUUUGAUGGUGUCAUUGAGAAUAUGCAUUUGAAUUGGAGACAUCGUGAGCUUGUUAAAUGAAAGUGGUGGAAUACUAGUGUCGAUAGAUAGACUUCCAAAAGGAUGUUGUCUUAUUUACCACCGUGGGAAGAAUUAUAGGUGCCCCGUUACCAUAAAGCCAAGAAACCUUCUAACAAAGGCAGAGGCAUUAAAGCGUUCAAUUGCCAUGCAGCGCCACGAGGUUCCAAAUUUUUAUGUCAAUGGCAAAUCUGUAGAUUUUCUUCUAUAUCUUUCAUGUCUCAAUCGAUCUGGACGACAUGCCGUUGUAUGCAGCGAGGUAGUGCUAGGUAUCAAGUCUGCGUAUAUGCGGAAUAAAAUUGCUGCGUUCCGCUUUAUUCAAUUUUAGAGGGAGACAUGACAUGCCUACGGAAUCCCUCACCAAUCAAAAUCUAUCACUGCGAUCUCUCUGUAAAUAUCCAAUUUAAUGAGAGGCAAUGCAAUUGUGGCUCCC